GACCGUUUGCCUACGUCAUAACUGUGCUGCGACCGAACUGCGCUAUUGCUUGAAAUAAUCGCGACGGUCUUGUGUUUUUAUUUUUGAUACGUCUCUUACAAAAAGCAAUCAUGUCGACCGCUAUGAACUUUAGCAGUAAGUCUUUUCGGCCCCGUGCUCCAGACAAAGGAUCCUUCCCUCUGGAUCAUUUCGGAGAGUGUAAAGCAUUCAAAGAGAAAUUCAUGAAGUGCUUGAAAGACAACAGCUAUGAUAACUCCAUGUGUCGACUACAGUCCAAAGACUACCUUGAGUGCCGGAUGGAUAAUCAGCUGAUGGCCAAGGAACCUCUGGAGAAGCUAGGGUUCAAAGACCUGAUGGACAAACCCAGCCCGGAGAACAAGGAGGCUAAACCCUAAACUUUCCUUCCUACACAGAUGGAUGCUGUCAUGCUUGAGUGAUAGUUUCUCUCUUCCACGUCUUGUAUAUACAAUUACAAUGUAAUAUAUUGGGGGCAGUGUUUCAAGCGUUGUGUGUAUAUAAAUAUUUUUUGGUAAAUUAACCGUGCUUUGUUUUGAGUUGGAAUCUUGACAAAUUAUUUAUCUGAGGUGGCUUCUCAGUUCUCAAAGUGGUAUGUUUCAAACUUGUGUCCACAUGGUACACAAAAGAUCUUCCCUCAGUCUAGCUAGCCUACGAGUAUGCAUUAUGAAUAAGGAAAUGUUUGAAUACAUGCUUUGCUACACUUCAUCAAAGUGCCUUACUAACCACUCAAGGUACUAUGGAAUGUUGUAGUAUGGUGUGAAUGAGUCUGACGGAAACCAGUCAUAAAUUGUUCCAAGACUCAUUAAUUGGCCUCAAAUUAAAAACAGUUUAAUAGUUGCAUAUGAAAACAAAAAACACUCAAUCUAUGUACAAAACAAAACUAUAAAAGUUCCACAAAAAUGAGAAUUCUGUCAACCACCAUUCAGCUCUUUAGGACAAAUCACAAUGGCUUGAGAGGGAGGGAGGGAGGAGAGGGAGGGGAGGGUCAUUUCACUCCUCUUGACAGUGCUAGCUUGCCUCAGAUUGAUCCUAGCAACUGUUAUUAUACUUAUAGACCAAUAAAAUAUA